AUGGCCGGCCCGUCACGUUCGACCGCACCGGUCGUCCACACCCACAAAGCAUCCAUGCUCUUCUUCCUGGCGGCAUCGUCCACCCUCGUCACAGCAGCAUCCGCAGCCCGCGACUACAGCAUGAUCAAGUCGGACCUGCCACUGCCCCAGGUCGGCCAGUGCGCCUGGUCCAAGUAUGGCUACCCCCUGCCCACCACCGGCCAGGACGUCUGCCCGCGGCCCGUCUCCGACCUCUCGAGCAGCUUUGCGCCCUGGUCGUACCCGCCGUACUGCAUCCGCGCGCCCAUGAACGCCACCGUCCCCGACCCCGAGGCGGGCGAGGCCCGCGUCAGUGCCGGCGGCCGCAAGUACUGCGUCUACACCGCCCGGACCUUCCGCGGCCGCGGCCUCAGCGUCAUCUCGACGCCGCAGGGCGCGGCCAACCUGGUGGCGUCGCUCGACGACACGCGCGUGCUGCCGCGCCUGCGCGACCACCCGGCCAGCAGCAUGGCCAGGCGGGACGCGCGGCGGGACGCGGGGCGACCGUACGUGAUCAAGAACGUGGCGCCGGGCCGCGGCAAGGGGCUGGUGGCGCGGCGGCGCGUGCCCAAGUGGGGGGAGGCGCUCGUCGGGUUCCCCAUCAUGGUGGCCCGCACCGACUUUUUCGAGGCGCUGCCGGACGCGGACCGCCAGGCGCUCGAGGACCGCGCGCUGCAGCAGCUGCCGGCCAUGGCGCAGGAGGCCAUUCUGGCGCUGGCGCACGGCGGGGCGGGCGCCGGCGACAAGGAGCAUCUGCUCGAGCACAUCUUCCGGAGCAACAUUUUUGGCAUCGAGAUUGCGGGCGUACACCACUUUUCGCUGCAAGUGGAGGGAUCGCGCAUCAACCACGACUGCCGUCCCAACACCUUUUGGCGGUACUCGCCCAGCACCAUGACCCACGAGGUCGUGGCCUUCCGGGAGAUCUCCAUCGGCGAGGAGUUUACCCACAGUUACCUGCCACUCGGCUUGCCCCUCAAGGACCGCCAAGAGUCCAUCCGCCGCUGGGGCUUUUCCUGCCACUGCAGCCUCUGCAUGGCGCCCAAGAACCUCGCCCUCGCCUCGGACAUCCGCCGCACCCGCCUCGUCGAGAUCUACACCACCAUGGAGGACGAGGCGGCGCAGGGUCUGCUGACACGCGACACGAUCGAGACGCUGCUGGCCGAGAUGAUGCUCUUGAUCAACGGCGAGGACCUGGUGCCCCAGCUGUGCGAGUACUACGCCAUGAUCGCCCGCGCCUACUUGUCCAUCGAGGCCUUUGACGACGCCCGCCACUACGCCCAGCAGUCUGAGGAGUACUGGAUCCGGUACGGCACGGAGGAGCACGACAACAUCGACGCGGUGCGCGCUCUGUGGAAGCAGAUUGCGGCCAAGGAGACGGCCGUGGCCGAGCGCCGUCGCCGCCAGGAUGCCGCACGGUCCAGCAAGCUGUAG